UCAUGCUGCUGCCAGGUCCAGAGUGUGUCAUGGGUCCCUGUACGGCCUCCCAUUGCUGCUGUCUCCAUCGCCACACUCUGCCAUGUGCCACUUUCAGGUCUCCUCACACUGCUGGGUGGGUUCCAUUUUGUCAUAGGGUGCUGGCAGAUUACGGGCCUCCCAUUGCUGCUGCCAGGCCCGUAAUCUGCCAUGGGCCCCCGUACCGACUCCUCAUGCUGCUGCCAGGUCCAGAGUGUGUCAUGGGUCCCUGUACGGCCUCCCAUUGCUGCUGUCUCCAUCGCCACACUCUGCCAUGUGCCACUUUCAGGUCUCCUCACACUGCUGGUGGGUUCCAUUUUGUC